AUGUCAGCAGCCUCUUCCCCAGAUCGUCGCUCGGUCUUCUUCUUUGACAUAGACAACUGUCUCUAUCCUCGCAGCCUCCGCAUUCAAGAAUUGAUGCAAGAGCUGAUCGACUCCUACUUCGUCCGACACCUUUCUCUCCCCGCCUCGGACGCCAGGGCCCUUCAUGCAAGAUACUACAAAGACUAUGGUCUCGCCAUUUCUGGUCUUGUCAAACACCAUACCAUUGACCCUUUGGCCUACAAUCGCGAAGUCGAUGAUGCGUUGCCGCUCGAUGAUGUAAUAAAGCCCGACCCACAGCUGAGAAGGCUGCUGGAAGAUAUGGACAGGAGCAAGGUGAAGAUGUGGUUGUUCACGAACGCCCACAUAACGCAUGCGCGAAGGGUGGUAAGGCUACUGGGUGUGGAGGAUUGCUUUGAGGGAGUUACGUAUUGUGACUACGCGGCGAAGGUGCUGCUAGCGAAACCGCACAAGGAGAUGUUUGAGAAGGCGGAGAGGGAGGCUGGGGCUUCGAAGGGCGAGGAGUGCUAUUUUGUCGACGACUCGGCUCUUAAUUGUAGACAUGCAAAUGAGAGGGGAUGGACUGUUGUGCACAAGUUGGAAGAGGAAGAUUCAGCCCCGGAGAGCAAAGCUGGAAGAUAUCAAAUUCGUGAUCUGGAAGAAUUGCGGUCAAUAUUUCCGCAAUUCUUUGUCAAGGGCUCGGAGUCUGCCAGAGAUCAGAAGGAAACAUCGUCACAGCUAUGA